UUAUAAAUACACUCGGGUAAAUUACACACUUUAUACUCACAUUAGACGUUGAGUAGAGAGGCUUCAGAGGUGGUGGGGUUCCGAGACUGUAGUUAAUGGGAUGUAUCGUCAGUUUGACGCGUAGUCAUCGUGACGGAACCUUGUCAACAGGAGCGAAUUUUCAACAAUGGUGGACCUCACAAAGAUAUCCCAAAAUCAAAUAAAAAACGUUACGACUGGCGAGGUUGUUUCGAUGGAAAGUCUUUGGAAGGACCAGACAGUAGUGAUUGUCUUCUUCAGACGCUGGGGAUGCAUGCUAUGCAGAGUGUGGGCAAAGGAGGUGUCUGCAAUUGCAGAUCUCCUCAAGGAGCACAAUGUGAAAUUGAUUGGCGUUGGGGUGGAGGAUUUUGAUAGCAAAGAGUUCGUGGAAGGAAAAUUUUUCAAAGGAGAACUCUACGUGGAUAUUGAUAAGAAGACCUAUGCCGGUCUUGGAUUUAAGCGCUACAAUUACUUCUCUAUAAUUGCCUCGCUGUUUACCGGGGAAUCAAGAGCUGCUAUUAAUAAAGGCAAGGAAUUGAAAGUUUCGGGAAAUUAUAAAGGAGAUGGAUUACAGAACGGCGGUGCCCUAGUUGUCAAAGAAGGGGGCGAGCUGAUUUACUCCUUCAAGCAAGAUGGCCCUGGACAGCACGUCAAAAAUUCCAAGUUUCUCGAAGUCCUCGGAAUUCCAAUUCCAGACAAUAUUGACGAAAAGACUGGCUGAUCUACGGCUAUACGUUCACACAAAUAAUUUAUCGGUCAUUUCAUGUCCAACUGUAUCGCACACUAAAUUGUUAACUUUGAUGCUUUCAAAUUCUGUGUAACUUUAUGAAAAAAAGGGAAGGAUAUUGUAGUUUAGUGGGACAAUACAGUUUUUUAUGCAAUGAUCACCAGUAAUAAUGAUAUUUAUAAGAAAAGAAUUUAUAAUUAAUAUGGUGUUAUGAAAGAAAUGAAAUUCUAUAACCGUUUUAAACUUAUACGCACAAUAUUGUAUUUUAA